AAAUUUAUUGAAAAAGAAGUGAACAAAUUAGUUGAAAGCAGAAAAGCCCAAGAACAUAACAUUUUACGAUUCCACGAGGGGUUACUUGAUCAAGACCCCCAAAUCACUAAAAUUCAACAGAAGAUGCUCAGACAGAGCUAUAGAGAUAUGGCUCAGAAGGAAAUAGACAAACUUCAACACAUAUCGGAAAAACCUUCACCUUCCUUCCAGAUGAAGGAAGAAGAGGAGACUUUCCAGGCCCAUGACUGGAAAACCGAAGAAAUGCUGCUUUUAACAAAGAUAGACGAAGAGGUUAAAAGGCAGAAAAAAAUUGAAGAGCAACAAUGGAAAAGAAGAGAACAAAUUAAUCAAAAGAAGAAAGCACUUCUCAAGAAGAGAAUCACCCAUCAUUUACGAAAAAUGCAGCCAAUUUGCUCAGAAAGACAAGUAAGGGAAGACAUUGGUAACAACGACAACACAGCAGUAGCAGAAGUAAAUG